GAUAGAAACAGAAAGCUACAUUCAAAUCUUUCCACUGCUCCAAAAAGCACAUAUUGAAUGCUGGUGUCCCCUCUUGCAACAUGCAGUAUCAUGCCUGAGGAUUUCAAAGAGAAACGCAGAAAGCAAACACAACCAACGAGGAAUGACGGUGAUGGUGACAAUGAUGAGCAGUGUCUAAUGGGAAUGGAGACCAUCACUAACUCAGAUACAGAGGGAGGAGAAGUUAUUGCCGGCAGGUGUCUGUCCUUGACAUUAUCACCAGCACACCAAGGCAUUUCUUAUAGGGCCAACAAAUCUGGGGAGCCUUCAGACCGAGUGGCUGUGAACUCUUGUGAAGUGUAUAAGAGUAAUUGCAAGGGUUACUCAUCUCCCAGCAAUCAUCACCAUGUACAGAGUGACCUGCCAUUCUCCCUUUGCCCUUCAGAUGGGAUAAAUGAAGACAUCCUUCAGACACCUACCAAGAAAGAUACAGACAUGAGAAAAUUCAAAUGUGUAGAAUGUGGAAAGGCUUUUAAGUUUAAACAUCAUUUAAAAGAGCAUGUUCGAAUACAUAGUGGUGAGAAGCCAUAUCAGUGUUCCAGAUGCAAACGAAGAUUCUCACAUUCAGGAUCGUACAGCUCUCACCUUAACAACAGAAAAUGCUUUUCUAGUGACCAGACACCUACAAUGCCUUCUGUUUUACCUUGCAUAUCGCAGGAAAGGACUGCCAGAUUCACAAAACAAAAUGAAGAGAGAAAACACCGCCACCCAGCCAGCCCAGGCCAUGGAAAUUGGCUGAUUUAUGAUCCAGUUGUUGGACCUCUUGCAAAGAUGCCAGUAACAUGGUUAGAUUAUGACUUAAAUAGUUUCUGUGGAUCCAUUGAUAGGUUGUCAGUUGAUAUGAGGAUGACACCAAUGAGAACACAUUUGGAACAGGCUACUGAAAACUGGUACAGCAAUGCAUGUUGGAGCAAUGUACAACAAUCCAAGGCUUAUGGUUGGUCAGGAGUUGAUAUUGGACAGUAUGGUGUUCAUUUUCCAAUGACCGUGCCAAAACCGUCUCUUAUAACCAGUAACCCCCAACAUGAUCAGUACUUUUCAGAUUCAUUUUUACUUAGUCAACACAAUCAACCAAGUUUAUGUCAUACAGAGUUUAAAUGUGACCAUUUAGUUCAAAUGACCAAUAGUUCUCUUACCAGCUGUCAAAAUGCAGAUGCAAGAUUCCAUAAAACAGAGCCUGGAAAUUCCAAAAGUUCUACAGACCAAAAAGACACAAAGAUCAGUGAGUCUCAACCAACAUCAACCUCUGAGACUGAACUUGAGACUUCAGACUGUUGCCAACCAGAUUUUCAUGACUCUGCAAUCCAUAUUCUUCCAUCUCUCAGGAAUAUUAUUCCCAUGCCUUCUAACAGUAUUCAUAAUGAACCACAAAUGGAACCAUUAGACUUAUCUUUGCCAAAGUUAAACAGGACACUGCCCAUAAAUAAUGGGUUUAAAAUGAGCAAUAAUAGUAACCCAUCUACUGUUUCUGUGUUGGCAUAUGAUGCGCCACUAACUCCACCCUUUAACCUGCCUUACCUUCCAACCAGUGUGUUACACAGUUUCAUGGGUAACAACAACUCUGUUUUUCAGACCAACCAUCCUUUUAAAAACCUACAACUUUACCCAUUUUUAAACAAUCUUGACAGAUAUAAGACAUUUUUUAAACCACUUUCUGUUGGGGUCCAAGGCCCAAUGGAAAGCAUUUUAAAAGAAGUCUCUGGAAAUGGUCAGAAGGCAGCUAUAAGGAACAGGCUUCCGAAGGCAGAAAAUGGAUUAUAUGCAUGUGAUCAGUGUCAUAAAAUGUUUCAGAAAGGCAGUUCCCUCUUACGUCACAAAUAUGAACAUACAGGUAGCCGGCCUUAUAAAUGUGAAGUCUGCAGGAAGGCAUUCAAGCACAAACACCACCUUAUUGAACAUGUCCGCCUGCAUUCCGGAGAGAAGCCUUACCAUUGUGAGAAGUGUGGAAAAAGGUUCUCCCACUCUGGAUCCUUCUCUCAGCAUAUGAACCAUCGAUAUUCCUACUGCCGUAAGCACGGAACAGACCCCUCUAAUAAAGAUCAGGAGAGCGGUGAUCAGUGAGGCUGGUGCAAUUUAUUUUUUAAUUUUAGUGAUUCACUGGCCAGCAAGGCAUCUGUACAAUGAGCCACAGGGAACAAGGACACACUGAAGAAAAGAGUGGUUUUCCAUACAUCCAAUUAUUAUUAGUCAUGUAAAACAUGGCAGGCAGGCUUUCUGCAGUGCAUGUUUGGUAUAAACUACUGUGUAUUGAACUUCCAAUGCAUUUAUUAUGUUCAGCAAAAGCUUAUGGAUUCAUAUCAUAAAGAUCAGUCCUAUUGCCAGUAUAUGAACCACUCCCGUUGCUAUAUACUUUCAUAUAACUCUAUACCCAGGCAAGGCAUGCAAGAAAAAUAUUUCCUGUAAAAACAUCUUACAAGUGUCAUGCAUAUUCUUAACUAGGAUAUCUACAGAUCAAGAUUAGAUAUGGUCUUUGUAUCUCAAAAACAGUAUGAGUGGUUGGUCAGCUCCACCUUAGGUGACAGAAUUAUUUAGAGUUUACAAGCCUUAAAACUUAUUGGUUAAAUGGGGUGAUUACAUAACCAGGCACAGUAACCAGCAGCAACCAAUCUAGUAGCUUUUAUUUGUCACCUUAUUAGUUGCUAUGGGUUACUGCUCCUGGGCAAACUUAGGGGCUGAUUUAUUAAAGUA